CGCACACCCCCCUCCUCCUCGCGCUACCGGGAUCUGGAUCCCAGCAAAACCAAAGAAGUUAUCUUCAGCAUGGAGGAGGGCUCCGUGAAAAUGUUCCUGAGGGGCCGCCCUGUGCCCAUGCUGAUUCCUGACGAGCUGGCACCCAGCUACAGCCUGGAUACACGCUCCGAGCUGCCUUCCCGCCGUCUCAAGCUGGACUGGGUCUAUGGCUACCGCGGCCGAGACUGCCGGGCCAACCUUUACCUGCUGCCCACAGGGGAGAUAGUGUACUUCGUGGCCUCUGUGGCUGUGCUGUACAGUGUGGAGGAACAGAGGCAGCGGCAUUACCUGGGACACAAUGAUGACAUCAAGUGCCUGGCUGUCCACCCUGAUAUGGUCACCAUCGCCACUGGACAGGUGGCAGGCACCACUAAGGAGGGAAAGCCACUGCCGCCCCACGUGCGCGUCUGGGACUCUGUUUCCCUCUCCACCUUACACGUACUGGGCCUGGGGGUGUUUGACAGAGCUGUGUGCUGUGUGGGCUUUUCCAAAUCUAAUGGGGGCAACCUCCUCUGUGCGGUAGAUGAGUCCAACGAUCACAUGCUUUCUGUGUGGGACUGGGCCAAGGAGACCAAGGUGAUAGAUGGCAAGUGCUCCAACGAGGCCGUGCUGGUGGCCACCUUCCACCCCACAGACCCCACCGUGCUCAUCACCUGCGGGAAAUCCCACAUCUACUUCUGGAACCUAGAAGGGGGCGGCCUGAGCAAACGGCAGGGCCUCUUUGAGAAACACGAGAAACCGAAGUACGUGCUGUGUGUGACCUUUUUGGAGGGUGGCGAUGUGGUCACCGGGGACUCUGGGGGGAACCUCUAUGUCUGGGGCAAAGGUGGGAACCGUAUCACACAGGCCAUGCUGGGUGUCCACGAUGGAGGCGUGUUUGGGCUCUGCGCCCUGCGGGACGGGACGCUGGUGUCAGGAGGGGGCCGCGAUCGGCGGGUGAUCCUCUGGGGUUCCGACUACAGCAAACUGCAGGAGGCGGAGGUCCCCGAGGACUUCGGUCCCGUGCGCACCGUGGCGGAGGGCCGGGGUGACACGCUGUACGUGGGCACCACCCGUAACUCCAUCCUGCAGGGCUCUGUCCACACUGGCUUCUCACUGCUCAUCCAGGGCCAUGUGGAAGAGCUGUGGGGCCUGGCCACACACCCCAGCCGGGGACAAUUUGUGACAUGUGGUCAGGAUAAGUUGGUGCAUCUGUGGAGCGUGGAGUCCCACCAGCCCCUGUGGAGUAGGAUCAUCGAGGACCCUGCCCACUCUGCUGGCUUCCACCCCAGUGGCUCUGUCCUGGCCAUUGGCACAGUGACUGGCAGAUGGCUGCUGCUGGACACGGAGACCCAUGACCUGGUGGCCAUCCAUACAGAUGGGAAUGAACAGAUCUCAGUGGUCAGCUUCUCUCCAGACGGGGCGUACCUGGCCGUGGGCUCCCACGACAACUUGGUGUACCUGUACACGGUGGACCAGGGUGGCCGCAAGGUCAGCCGCCUGGGCAAGUGCUCGGGCCAUUCCAGUUUUAUCACCCACCUGGAUUGGGCCCAGGACAGCAGCUGCUUCGUCACCAAUUCUGGGGACUACGAGAUUCUGUACUGGGACCCAGCUACCUGUAAGCAGAUCACUACUGCAGAUGCUGUGAGGAACGUGGAAUGGGCCACGGCUACCUGUGUCCUGGGUUUUGGCGUGUUUGGGAUCUGGUCUGAGGGAGCAGAUGGUACUGACAUCAAUGCCGUGGCCCGUUCCCAUGAUGGGAAGUUGCUGGCUUCAGCUGAUGACUUUGGCAAAGUCCACCUGUUUAGCUACCCCUGCUGUCAACCUCGAGCUCUCAGCCACAAAUACGGCGGACACAGCAGCCAUGUGACAAAUGUGGCCUUCUUGUGGGAUGACAGUGUGGCCCUGACCACAGGGGGCAAGGACACCAGCGUGCUGCAGUGGCGGGUGGUCUGAACCGGCGGGUGGGGGGGUUCCCAGGAACAUGGGGCCCAGGUAGAGUCAGGUGGCAGGGUUGGAAUUCUAUUUUCGGGAGAUGUCUAUUGCCGAGUAGAGUAAUAUAUACCCAGAGUAUGUCUAUAGCAA